AAGUGGGGUGGGGGUCGCGAGAGAAAGUCAACCUGCGGAUACCAGCGGGCCGGCUCACCUUACACGAGAGCUGUGGCGGCCACGGUCGUCCCGCGCGUGCCACUAUUAUGUGACGAGUGGAGCGGAGAAGAAGAAAGUAUUGUCGACCCCGCUGCGGCCAUGUUGUCUUUGCGCAUUGUUGUUGUUUUUGUGGCGACGACCUGUUGUUGUCACCUCAUGCUGUUCCUCUGCCACCUGCCCCGAGUCCACGCCAGUCACAACAAGCCGGCCAACAGGUGGCUGAUUGGUGACAGAGACAGCCAGUGCGGUGGAGCCUGUACGCGGCCGCAGGGAAAGCCAGUGUGCGGCUCGGAUGGACGGAGCUAUGACAACGGGUGCGAGCUGCAGAGAGCGCGUUGCAAAGACAAGAGCCUAACGCUGGCGCACCGAGGCCGCUGUCGAGGAAGAAAUUGGACGAAAGUGGAGCAGUCAGCAGUGGCGCUCUCACCAACGCCCCCAUCAGUCGGUAGAGAGUCUGUGCAAACAGAUGAGGGUCAGUCCAAGUGUCGUGUUGAGAGGAACCAGGCUUUGGAGCAAGCCCGAAGGCCUCAAGAGUCCAUGUUUGUUCCAGAAUGCAACGAGGACGGCUCGUUUGCGCAGGUGCAGUGUCACACUCUGACAGGCUACUGCUGGUGUGUCACCGCCGAUGGAAAGCCAGUGAGCGGCUCCUCGGUGCACAACAGGACUCCGGUGUGUUCAGGAAACUUCCAUGAGUUUUUGGGAACUUACGGCGGGACAAGCGCAUUGACAGGAUCAGCGACAGACCGACCGCCCGGACCGGCAAACUCUGGUCGAAAAGUCUCUUUCCGUUUCUUUCUCACCCUCAAUCCAGACGACGGUUCAAAGCCUACGCCCACCAUGGAGACCCUCGUCCCCCCCGAAGGCGAUGAGAUAACUGCCCCUACGCUGUGGAUCAAACAGUUGGUUUACAAAGAGAACAAACAGAACAGCUCCACAUCCAGGAAGCAAGAGAAAAUUCCCUCUUGCGACCAGGAGCGACAAAGCGCCCUGGACGAGGCUCGGCAAAACCCCCGCGAGGCAGUCUUCAUACCAGACUGCGGCCCCGGCGGCCUCUACAAGGCUGUUCAGUGUCACCAGUCCACCGGCUACUGUUGGUGCGUGCUGGUAGACACCGGACGACCCAUUCCAGGAACUUCCACCAGGUACCAGACACCAGAAUGUGACAACGCCGCACUCUCUCGCAGCUCCGACACCGAAGACCUGUUCCAGGGCCGAGACCUGACAGGCUGCCCUGAAGGGAAAAAAGUGGAAUUUAUUACGAGCUUGUUGGACGCCCUGACCACAGACAUGGUUCAAGCUAUUAACUCACCAGCCCCCUCUGGUGGAGGGAGGUUCGUAGAGCCCGACCCCACCCACACGCUGGAAGAGCGGGUGGUGCACUGGUACUUCGCCCAGUUGGAUGCCAAUGGCAGCCGAGAUGUUGGCAAAAAGGAGCUGAAACCUUUCAAGAGGUACCUGAAGAAGAAAGCCAAGCCCAAGAAGUGCGCCCGCAAGUUCACCGACUACUGUGACUUGAACAAGGACAAGGCCAUCUCACUGCACGAGCUCAAGGGCUGCCUUGGAGUCGGCAAGGAUGGUGGUUCAACAGCAAACGGCAACUAUGGGACAAGGCAAGGAACAAAAGUGUUCAUAGGUCGUCUGGUGUGAGAGGAGAUCGUUCCAGGAGCCGAGCAGAGGGCAGAGGACAUAGAAGGAAGGCAUCAGAACGCUCGCCUGACGGUGAAAAAAAGAAAGACAUAUCGGAGAGAAAAUAACUUCCUGACUUGUUUUCGUACAGACACACACACACAAACAGAAGAAAACGCAGCAGCGCCAAAAUAUUUGCACUUUCUCCUCCCUGUGUUUGACAUGUUAUGUUUAUAUUUUGGAUUGUCUGUGCUUUGAAGUGACUGAAAAAAAAGUGUGAGAAUAUGUACGUUAAAUCAGCGUAUAACAAGUGGAGUAUGUGCACAAAGUUAGCAGUUAGAAGGCUAAAAUGCACAUUGAUCUCAUCUAGGGAUGGGCAGAAUACAUCAAUUAAUCGAUUGUUAAAUUUGCGCAGAAGGUGCGUUACCUAAGAAAAAGUCCAUUAUACCAUUUUAUGAAAAUAUUUUUGGAAAAUUCGAAUCGAUCGUAAAGAGUUUUAUAGAUUUUGUGAAAUCAUAUCUCGAUGAAUUGUAUGCACUAUGAUCAUCUACACACCCAAACAGGAGUGCAGAACAUUCCGACUGUAAUUUUGUUCUUGCCCAUCCCUACUAGCAACGGCGAAGGAAUGUUUCUUGUACAUAUAAACAUGCGUAUUAGAAUUAAACUGUGACUCUUGACGUUGAAUUCAUCAGCACGGGCGUUUAGCUGUAUGGAUCCCCUUGCACUGUUAAUAGGGUUGCAAAGGGGUGGAAAAUUCCGGUGAAUUUCUUUGGGAAUUCAAGUGGGAGAAUUGGGAAUAUAUUCCUAAUCAGACUGUUUUAUUAAUGAGAAUUUACGGCAAUUAUUCAUAAAACGGUAUCACUAUUACGCUUGCCGUUGUCUUUCAACAUUUUUAAAAACUUAGGCUCUUUAUAUGAAAACUUUUAUUAUUUUUAAUGUUAAAAAAAGAUUCAAUAUUGACAUAAAAUGCCAUUAAAGAAUAUUGAAAACUGUAUACUGUGCCCUCCAUAAUUAUUGGCACCCCUGAAAAAGAUGUGUUUUUUAGCUUCUAAUAUAUAUAUUUUUUUAAUU